ACCUCGUCCGAGAAAUUUAGAGGGAAAGCUGCACAUGGUUAAAUUAUUAUGACAAUGUUGAUCGAAAAAUGAUCUAAUUCGUAGCUAUUGAAAGCAGACAAAUGAUAUAUAGUUGUAAAAAAAGGAGAUAGAUAUAUGGCAAAUUGUUAUACCGUGUCUCGAUCAAUGAUUAAGGAGGGCGACUACUUUUAAUUUCAGAAAAAGUAGACAGUCUUGUGAUUCAUCCAGCUCAGAGUGGCUGCAGAAAGGAGGUUGUCUCGCUGAAAAAUCGAGAAGCUCGAAUGGGAAAUACCCUUUAGCCGUUCUUCAAGAAAUUUAUUAAAAAAUAUACUGGAUGACAUGGCCUACUCAACACUAAGUCGAGCACAGCUCAGCUUUGAUUAUCUUCAUACAAACUCAACCACUCAUGAGUUCCUGUUUGGGGCCUUGGCAGAAUUGAUUGAUAAUGCAAGAGAUGCCAAUGCAACAAAAAUCAAUGUGUAUUCAGUGCCGGAGAAGAGUUUACGAGGUGGUUAUGUUCUUUGCUUUCUUGAUGAUGGAGAAGGCAUGGAUCCAAGUGAAACUGCCGACAUUGUUACCUUUGGUAAAUCAGUGAAAAAAUCUGCAGAAACACAACAAAUUGGAAUGUAUGGCAAUGGCCUGAAAUCAGGCUCAAUGAGAAUUGGCAAUGAUCUCAUGGUUUUUACCAAGAAAGGUUUAACUAUGUCCUGUCUCUUCUUGUCUAGAACAUUUCAUGAAGAAGAGCAUAUUGAUGAGGUUAUUGUACCUCUGCCAUCAUUUGAAUCCGGAACCCGAAAUCCAUUAUCUAAAGGUCCAAGAGCUGGAGAAAAGCAUGAAGUAGAGAUGAGUUUGAUAUACAAGUACUCACCCUUUAAAACAGAAGAUGAUUUCUUUGCUCAGUUUGAUCGUAUUGAAGGAAAUUCUGGCACAUUAGUAGUUGUUUAUAAUCUCAAAUUGUUGGACUCGGGUGAACCUGAAUUAGAUGUUGACUCUGAUCCAACAGAUAUCAUAUUAACAAAUCCUGAAUCUGAUCUUGACUCUGAUGAAGGGUUGAUGCCAGAACGAAAAUAUUUCCGUAAAUAUGCUGCUAUUUUAUACAUGGAGCCUAGAAUGAGAAUCUAUAUUAAUGGCAAGAAAGUGCGGACAAACAGACUGUCAUCAUGCCUUUAUAAACCAAAGCUAUAUAAAUAUUCUUCAAAUCGUUUUAAAACCCGGUCAGAAAAUGUGGCAAAGAAAGCUGUAGAUGAUGCCUUAGCAGCUGAAAAUAAAGCUAGAGAGGCAGAAAGUAAAGCUAAGGAUCUAGAGAAUAGAUUAGGUUCAUCAUUAGCAAGAGAUCAAAGAGCAGAACUACGUAAAGCUCAAAAUCUGGCUGCUGAAUCUCGUAGAGAAGCCCAAAUAAGAAGACAGUUAGCUGAUAGAAAAACAAAAGCUUUGAAGGAUCCUAAAUCUUUAAAUUUAAUAUUUGGAGUUCAUUUAGAGAAUCGGAAUCAAGAUGGUGUAUUUGUAUAUAAUUGUAGUCGUCUUAUCAAAAUGUAUGAAAAAGUUGGACCACAAAUGGAAGGAGGAGUAUUUUGUAGCGGUGUUGUGGGUGUGGUAGAUAUACCUUACUUAAUCUUAGAACCAACACAUAAUAAACAAGAUUUUGCUGAUGCCAAGGAAUAUCGCUACUUACUACGAGCUAUGGGAGAACAUAUGGUACAAUACUGGAAAGAUGUUGGCAUAGUUCAACAAGGAGUUACCAAAUUUUGGGAGAAUUUCGGUUAUAUCAGUAGUAACUGGAAAGAUCCACCGUCAAAUGAAGGCAAAUUUCUACGGAAACGUGCAAUGCAGAUAAACAAAACACUGCAAUGUGAUAUGUGUUUAAAAUGGCGUAUUUUACCAUUUUCCUCAGCGGAUAUAGGAAAAGAAUUUGUAGAAAAUUGGGUUUGUUCUAUGAAUCCUGAUCAGCAGCAUAAUAAAUAGACUGAACUGGAGUUCAACCAAUCAUACUUUAAUCAUUAGAUUUAACAUGUUUUCUGUUAGAUGUACAACGUUAGAAGCCAGGCAGAAUAUACCAGAAGGAGUUAUUAAAAAAGAACAGAAAACACAAGAAC